CCAGGACAAAUUGCUAAAGAGCGGGCGUGUCCAGCUCCCCUCCCUUAGUUUAAGUGAGGGCGGAAGAUGGCGGCAGCCGGAAUGGGUCCAGGGGUUCCAGACGGGGAGCCUGAGGGCUCAAACCGUGACCGCAGCGCCUUUGAAUGCAAUAUCUGUCUGGAGCCUGCAAGAGAAGCUGUCAUUGGACUCUGCGGCCACCUAUACUGCUGGCCUUGUCUUCAUCAGUGGCUAGAAACACGGCCUGAGCGUCAAGAGUGUCCUGUGUGCAAGGCAGGAAUCAGCCGCGACAAAGUCAUCCCUCUUUACGGCCGUGGCAGCUCUGCCCAGCAAGAUCCCAGGUUGAAGACGCCCCCUCGACCACGAGGGCAGCGCCCAGAGCCUGAGUCCCGAGGGAAGCAGAAGCUGCCCGUCCAUCCAGCUGGCAGGAUUCGCUCUUCCUCUUCAUCGCCAUCUUCUUUUUCUUUUGGCUGCUCAGUGUCUGACGGGCUGGAUUUUGCUGGACUUGCCCUGUACUUAAAAAAAAAAAAAAAGGCUAUCGGAGCUAGAUUGAAGGACUUUGAAACUAUGGGGUUGGGUGGGCGGAGGAGGAGCAGUUGUGGGCUAGAGGGUGGAAUGGUUUCCUGCCUGCCCUGGCUAGGCAGGAGGGGGCUAGCCUUGGAGGGGGGGAGGUGGUGCAACUCAGGGCGGGUCUCCCUCGUUGCCCUUUUUCCUUAAUCCCCCUACCCAGAAUUAAAAACAUAAUAGGGUGGCUUUAUGGGUGAUGAUGUAAAAGCUGUGUGUGUGUGUAUGUGUUGAGGGGAUAUGGGGAGGGGGAGAAGGUUGUAAUGAUCAAAGGGCUGAACUGGGGAUCCUUCCACCACCCUCGCCAGAAGCUUUCUGUAUUUAGGCAGGAUGAAUAAAAAAAAUAAAGAAGACUUAGAAGAGGCUGGCACUUUGCCACUGUCAGCCUGAGGGCCAAAUCCAGGCUGGGGGGGGGGGAGUCUGCAUCUCCUCCCUCCACAAUGCUGAAGGGUGUCAUGGUUUCCUGUAGCUUGCAGGUGAUUCUGUAGUUUUAGUGGCAACUGAGGAUGGGGUGUGGCAUCCCCUUCUCUCCCCCCCACCCCAUUUUCCUCUCUAUAGUUUGCAGCCACACUGUCCUCAUUCAACUACUUCAAUACUGCAAGUGUAUCUUGUUGAUUAGGCCCCGUAAAAUAAAAUAAAAUGAUGCAACUCAUUCCCACCCAGAGGUUUAUAAUUGUAUGGAGUGCUGCAUAGCCGGUAGAAAGGGAAUUUUUAGGAAGGACAGGAAGAGAGCUGUGGGGUCCCUUUCCCCUCCUGCCUCUUUUUUCUUUGGGAGGGGGGAAAAGCUUGCUUCACCCCCACGUGUACCUGCCUCAGCAAGGAUUGUGGGAGGCGAGUAUUGAUAAGAAAAGCGGGGCAGAGGGUGGUGAAAGUAGCGGGGCUGCAGUGAUGGGGGGGGCAAGAGCCAUGGUAGCAAGGGAGACUGUUGGCUCUGAUGUCAGUAAGGCAGUGAAUCCACUCCAUGUUUUAUCCAAACUUUAAGGAGCUGUCCAAGGUGCAAACGUUCAGACUAAAACCCAGAGUGGAUUCACUGCCCCACUGACAUUGGAGCCAACAGUCCAUGGCAUGGGAGGCACUUUAGGUUUAGUGUACUAUCCCCGCCCCCCUGUCCCUGUGUCCAACCACUGGGAGAGAAAUGGGUUUCAGGCACCUAUAUAUGGGGCUUGAAGUGGUCACAGAGAAGGUCCUAGUGGUUCGUUUUAUAUACUGAAAAACAAUCUGUCAAAAAAGGAUUUACUUCCAUAGACGUAAGAAUCCAUCUGCUUUUACAGCCUGUUUUAUUUGUGGGAGGGGGGCAGUACUGGUGAUUAAUCCCUUUUGUGACUAUUUUGUGGGGGAAUGUAAAGCCACUAGUCAAGGUCAGGACUACUAAUUGCAGGGCAAUUGGCUAUAUUUCUCUCUCUGGCGCCCCCCCCCCCGCCAUCUUCUGAGAGUGUUGGGGCAGGGGGGGUGUUUACUAUCUGGGUUGCAAUUUCCUUGUUUUGACUAACAGUAUUUCAUGGGCCAGAGUGUCUGUAGCCCCUGUCUUCCAUUUUGUGUGCUGAGGAGAGACAUGGUGUAAAUUAACCAAUGCUGUAAUUAAAUUAGCCUGUGAUUCGUAUCCAGUUGCAGGCAUGGAGUCUUUGCUGAGCAUGUAGCUGUUUUCUGGUCAUGCGCAAAGUGUACAUGUGUGGAAACUAUGCAUAGAUUGAUGUAUGCAGUUUGCAUAACUUAUCCUGGUAACUUAUGUGAGGGGGGGGAAAGAGCUGUAUGUAAGAACAUUAGAAGACCCCCCCUCCCCUACUAGUCCAGCAGUUUGCUCUCACAGUGGCCAACCAAAUGCCUCUGAGGAAGCCUGCAAGCUGGAUCUGACUGCCACAGCAACUCUCCCCACUUGUGAUUCCCAGCAACUGGUAUUCAGAGGCAGAUUACCUUUGACAGUGCAGGUAGAACCUAGCUAUUGUGGCCACUAGCUCCUAAUAUCCUUAUCCCCCUUGAAUUGGUCUAAUCUGCUUCUAAAGUCGUGCAAGUUGGUGGCUAUCACUGCCUCCUGUGGGAGCCAAUUCCAUAGUUUAACUAUGUGAUGUGUGAAGAAGCCCUUCAUUUUGUCUGCCCUGAAUCUUCUUAACAUUCAGCUUCAUUGGAUGUCCACAGGUUCUAGUGUUAUGAGAGAGGGAGGGAGACACUCCUCUCCAUCCACUUUCUCCACACCAUGUAUAAUUUUCUAUGUCUCGAUCAUGUCUUCGCUCUCCUUACUUGCCAUGAAGCCCCGAAGGUUGUAACGCUUCCUCACAGUGGAGCUGCUCCAAUGCAGCAGAAAUAAUCCCUACUGCUUGGUUCUCGCAUACCCUGCCCCCAAACCAUCUUCUGUUAUUUGAUCAGGCACUGAACACGCAUUUCAGAGUCUCUUACUGUAGUGAAAGGAGCCUUUCUUACCCCUGCCGUUCCUUUUCCUGGGCACCUCUUUUUCCUCUGCUCAUUCUCUCAACACGUUUCACCUCUUCCAUUCCUGUGAUUACCUUGUUCUUGGGGAGCAAACCCCCAUUCCAAGCUUGUGUGGGCUUCUGCUCUUGUUUUUCUGUCUAAGAAUUGGCACCCUGCCCUGCCCUUUGCCUAGGAUCAGAGCAGCUCAGCCAUCCCAUGCCAGAUUUUCUUCUGACUUCCCAGCAUCUCUGCCACUUAGGUAGGUGAGCCUGUCAUGUCCCAUAGCGCCUUAUGACACAGAUAGCUUGUAUCAUGAGAUACAGAGAAGAAUUUUGGAGCUCACCUGAGCCAGGAUUUUCUACCGAUCUGUGCCUUAUCUUUAACCCACUCCUCAAUGGUGUCAGACCUACACUGAUGUAAUGGUAAAAGAGAGAGAUUCAUCAAAUGACCUAAGCUACAUGAAGGAGAGAAAACCCAACCAAGGUCCUCAUUAGCCAGUUUGAGCAGGAGGGAAAUAUUUCAGAAUGCAAGAGCCUUGCUAGAUCAGUAUAAAGCAUAUCUAGACCAGCUUCCUGUUUCUUAAUGACCAGCCAGAGGCCUAUAGGAAGAACACAACCACUAUGCCCCUACCAGCAACUAGCAUUUAGUAACACAUGGCCUCUGAACAUGUGUCAGGGUUUUUUUUAAUUCUUAAGGUUUGUAACUUUUGAUAGCCCUAACCUCCAUGAACUUGUCUGCUCCCCUUUUUGAAGCCAUCGAAGCUAGUGGACAUCACCUCUUCUGGCAGCGAAAUCCACACAUUGACUGCAUUCAUACAUCAAAGUAAACCGUAGUUUAUGAAGAAUAUGCAGAUGGCUCCCACUUUGAUCCUUCACUGGAGCAAGUGGCAGCAACCAACCCUGGUCCUUGGUUCAGCAUUACAUCUAAGCUGGAGAUUGUGGUUUAUUUUGCUCCACACAAAGCAUGAUUUGAAGUGAAGACUUGUUCUUGGCUUAUCAGCCAGAGUUUUGUUUGAGUGAAAACAAAUCACAAUUGCUGAUUCAUAAUGCCGAGCCAGAGAUUGUGGUUUGCUGCUCCCCUUCAUGGUAGAGGGGGGAACAAAGCCAGAGUGAUCGCCACAUUUGUGCUAAACUAUUAACUAUUUCUGCCAUGACGUGCAAGCUGGUCUAUUAUGUGACAAAUACUUUGUCUGUCCUGAAUCUGUUGCUAAUGAGUAUCCUAAAAUUACUCACUUUGUCCACACCCUGCAUAAUUUUAUAAGCCGCUGUUGCCUGUCCCCUUGUCUUUUCUUUUUCUCAGCUAAGAAGUCCCAAAUGUUGUAGCCUUUUCUCUAUAAGAUGCUGUAAUCCAGUGGUUCUCAAACUGUUUUGGCUCACGGCGCACUGUAAAGCAUAUAAAAAUGUUCUGGCGCACUUCGUGUACAAAAUUAAAAAUAUAUUAAUAUAUUUUAAACUAUGAAUAAAAAUAACUUAAACUACAGAAAACUAUUACUUACCCUAUACAAAUGGGUUUCUUCUCAUUUUUAAAAUAUACUUUCAUAACAUUUGAGGCGCACCUAGCCACCUCCUAGGGCGCACCAGUGUGCCUGGGCGCACCAUUUGAGAAUCACUGCUCUAAUCCCUUACUUUCAUUGCCUUUUCCUAGUGGUCAUAUCCUUUAACACGUGGGAGGGGGAGUGGAAUGGACAGAUCUGGGUGGUUUGAAGUAGAGCUUCUCAGCUCCUGAUUAUUGUAAAUUCCCAUCUAGUUAAGGCUGCUGAAAUGAAGAAAGCUAACCAGGAGCAAACUAUGAACUCAGUUCAGUUAUAGUAUUGAAAAGAAAUCCUAGGCUCAGCAUGUGUGCAAAGGCAUCCUGUUCUUUCAGUAAAACGCAAAGGAGAACCACCAAUCUGGAAUUCUUUCCCUGCCUUUAAGAGGCAAGAUGAGAUGACAAGAACUCUUCCAAAUGCAAGUGUACCAGAAAUAUAAAUAAAAGGAAAUUGAUAGUGGUAAUAUUUUCAAUCUUUGCAUAGAAUUUGCCUUUUUCACUGCUGCAAUGUUGAGAUGAUGUUUAAUUUAUCAAUCCAUAUGACACCCAGAUCUCUUUCCUGUUCAGUCAUAGCCAGUUCAGAUCCCAUCACCUUCUGAAUAAACUUUUUUGUUCCACUGUG